GUUGGAGCUGAACUGCCAAACCACAGCAGCUGCCAGAUCUGGGACAGAGCAGGGCUCCAGCCACAGCGACCACCAGCCCCACCAGAGGGAGCAGCCAGGCUCAGCUACCAGCCCUGGCUCAUCCUGCCCGGCACCAUGACUUUUGCCGAGCUUGUGGACCGCGUGGCCAGCAACGGGCCGUUCCAGUUCCUGCACACUGUCCUGCUGGGCCUCCCCAUCCUCGGCAUGGCCAACCACAACCUGCUGCAGAUCUUCACAGCCGCCACCCCCACCCACCACUGCCGCCCGCCACCCAACGCCUCUGCGGGGCCCUGGGUGCUCCCCAUGGGCCAGAACGGGAAGCCUGAGAUGUGCCUCCGUUUCGCAUAUCCAUCCAACGCCAGCCUGCCCAAUGACACCCAGGGCGCCACCGAGCCCUGCCUGGAUGGCUGGACCUAUGACGUCAGCUCCAGGGACUCCAUCGUGGCUGAGUGGGACCUGGUGUGCAACUCCAACAAACUGAAGGAGCUGGCCCAGUCUAUCUUCAUGGCGGGCAUACUGAUUGGCGGGCUCAUGCUAGGAGCCCUGUCUGACAGGUUUGGCCGCAAGCCCAUCCUGACCUGCAGCUACCUGCUGCUGGCGGCCAGCGGCUCAGGCGCAGCCUUCAGCCCCACCUUCCCCACCUAUGCAGUCUUCCGCUUCCUGUGUGGCUUCGGCAUCUCAGGCAUUACCCUGAGCACCGUCAUCUUGAAUGUCGAGUGGGUGUCCACCCGGAUGCGGGCCAUCAAGUCGAUUCUGGUCGGUUACUUCUACACCUUUGGACAGUUCAUUCUGCCUGGCCUGGCCUAUGCCAUUCCCCAGUGGCGCUGGCUCCAGCUAACCGUGUCCAUUCCCUUCUUCGCCUUCUUCCUGUUGUCCUGGUGGCAGCCAGAGUCCAUCCGCUGGAUGGUCCUGUCUGGAAGAUCCUCCAAGGCCCUGAAGACACUCCGGCAGGUGGCAGCCUUCAAUGGGAAGAAGGAGGAAGGACAGAAGCUCAGCCUGGAGGAGAUCAAACUCAACACGCAGAAAGAAGUGGCCUUGGCCAAGGCCAAGCGCAGCGUAGCUGACCUGUUCCGGACACCCAUCCUGCGCCGAAUGACCUUCUGUCUUUCCCUGGCCUGGUUUUCCACCGGCUUUGCCUACUACAGUUUGGCUAUGGGCGUGGAGGAAUUUGGAGUUAACCUCUACAUCCUCCAGCUCAUCUUUGGAGGGGUCGACGUCCCAGCCAAGUUCAUCACCAUGCUGGCCAUAAGCUAUCUGGGCCGGCACACCACCGAGGCUGCUCUUCUGCUCCUGGCAGGAGGGUGCAUCCUGUCUCUCAUCUUUGUGCCUGCAGACUUGAUGACCCUGAGGACAGUACUGGCUGUGUUUGGGAAGGGAUGCUUAUCAGGCUCCUUCAGCUGCCUCUUCCUCUUCACGAGCGAGCUAUACCCCACAGUCACUCGGCAAACAGGUAUGGGCAUAAGUAAUAUGUGGGCCCGUGUGGGAAGCAUGACAGCCCCCCUGGUGAAAAUCACGGCGGAGCUGAAACCCUUCAUCCCCAACGUCAUCUUUGGGAGCAUCGCCCUCCUGGGAGGCAGUGCAGCCCUCUUCCUGCCUGAGACACUCAAUCGGCCCUUGCCAGAGACUGUUGAGGACGUGGAAAACUGGUCCCUGCGGGCAAAGGAAUCAAAGCAGGAGCCAGAGGCAGAAAAGGCAUCUCAGAGGAUCCCUCUGCAGCCUCAUGAGCCAGGCCUGGGCCCCAGCUGAAGGCAACAGACCCUCGUUUCCCUGCCCUCCACAAACAAAUCCCAGCCAGGUCCUUGCCUGUCUCUGGGCUCUGAGGAAACCUUGGGGAGAGCCUGGGCACAUCCAUGCUCCUAGGACAUAGUCUUUUGAGACCUUGCAGGAGUCAUCUCCACCACCACCAGAGCCCCCUCCCCAGCCCGGGCCAGUUCAAAGGUUUGGCCACAGGCCUUUGCACACCCCACCUUGCCCUCACCCUCUCCACAGCCCAGACCCUGCCAUUCUGUCCAGCCCUUCCCCACUGGCCACUUCCCUCAUUGUUUCCACCCCCUUCCCCUUCUUGUGCCCACCCCUUUCUUCAACAAGAGGUUUCAAUAAAUGGCAAUGAAGAAUUCAA